GGUCUGGACACGAGCGGAAGGUUAGCUGUGUGCACGUGGCUGCGGGUCUGUCAACAGUGGUGGUCGGGAGCUGCUCGAGCUACUGCCCGGGAACAGAGACCCUCCAACAGCUCGGCCUUCAGACUUCUGCACGGAGAGAGAGAGAGAGACACUGCGGGAGCAGCGGCGGAUCAUUCAUAGACUGGGAUCAUGACUGUGUUGCAGUUCUACAGGAGAGAAGAAUCUGAAGGGGGGCGAACUCUGAGGAGGGUUAAACAGCUGUAUCCGUAUGCCACCAUAACAACUGAACUGUGCUACAAUGUUGAGCUGAAAGAUGCUGAGUCUUUGAGUAAAGAGCAGAAGGAUGUUUUGCGCUGGUUGUUUAGUCCUCCUCACUCUGUAGCUCUGUUGGAUGAGCCCACUCUCAAAGUCACAUCACCUGGAGAGACCCUUGUGGAGAUCGGCCCCAGGUUGAACUUCUCCACUGCAUGGUCCACAAAUGCAGUGUCCAUAUGCCAGAGUGCAGGGCUGGACCUGGUGACCAGAGUUGAGGUGUCUCGCAGACACUUAAUUAAGGAUGGACAGAACGGACCUAGGAAUGGUGGAGAGAUGGAAAAGCUGGUUGCUCUCUUGUAUGACAGCAUGACUGAGUGUGUCUACACCAAGCCCAUCGCAUCUUUUUCUGUGGACGUUCAGCCACAGAAAGUGUUUGAGGUUGACAUUCUAGGAAAAGGUCGACCUGCUUUGGAGAAAGCCAAUGAUGAGCUUGGUUUGGCCUUUGACUCCUGGGAUCUAGACUACUACACAGCAUUGUUUCAGAGAGUGAAGAGAAACCCCACCAGUGUAGAAUGCUUCGACCUUGCUCAGUCCAACAGUGAGCACAGUCGCCACUGGUUCUUUCGGGGCCGGAUGGUGGUUGACGGGCAGGAGCAGAAAGACACGCUCUUCAGCCUGAUUAUGGGAACCCAGCAGCACAGCAACCAGAAUAAUGUGAUUAAAUUCUGUGACAACAGCAGUGGCAUUAAAGGCAUGGAGCUGGAGUGCAUGUUUCCCACUGACCCGUCUCAGGCCAGCUGCUAUGAGACCAGAAGCACCACCAGACACGUCAUCUUCACUGCAGAAACACACAACUUCCCCACCGGUGUUGCUCCAUUCAGCGGAGCCACCACUGGCACUGGUGGACGAAUCCGAGAUGUGCAGAGUGCUGGCCAGGGGGGUCAUGUGAUUGCGGGGACAGCUGGCUACUGCUUUGGUAACCUCCACAUUCCAGGUUUUUCUCUCCCAUGGGAGGAGGAUGGUUGGGAGUAUCCGUCCACCUUCGCCCCUCCUCUGCAGGUUGCUAUUGAAGCAAGUGAUGGAGCUUCUGACUAUGGUAACAAAUUUGGAGAGCCGGUUCUUGCAGGCUUUGCUAGAUCCUUUGGAAUGCGAUUGGCCAAUGGGGAGCGACGGGAAUGGAUCAAACCAAUCAUGUUCAGUGGUGGGCUGGGUUCCAUUGAGGAUAAGCAUGUGAAGAAAGAGGAGGCAGAACCAGGUAUGGAGGUGGUAAAAAUUGGAGGUCCUGUGUAUAGGAUUGGUGUAGGAGGAGGGGCUGCAUCGUCUGUACAGGUGCAAGGCGAUAACUCCAGUGAUCGUGAUCUGGGUGCAGUGCAGAGAGGAGAUGCUGAGAUGGAACAAAAGAUGAAUCGUGCUCUCAGGGCCUGCUUGGAGAGAGCAACAGGAAACCCCAUCUGCAGUAUCCAUGACCAGGGUGCUGGGGGAAAUGGAAAUGUAUUGAAAGAGCUAAGCGAGCCUGCUGGAGCGGUCAUCUACACCAGCAUGUUUAAGAGAGGAGACCCCACUCUCAGUGUUCUGGAGCUGUGGGGAGCCGAGUACCAGGAGAGUAAUGCUCUCUUGCUCCGCCCGUCUGACCGGGGCUUCGUUGAGAAAGUUUGUCAGAGGGAGAAGUGCCCUGUGGAUUUUGUAGGCAAAAUCACAGGGGAUGGCAAGAUUGUUCUUGUGGAUGAUUUGAACAACCAGUGUGAUGGAGUGAACAAUGGACGGUGCCCUGUGGACCUGGAGCUGGAUUGGGUGUUAGGAAAGAUGCCUCAGAAAGAGUUUGUGAUGGACUGUGUGGUGCCCUCUCUGAAGCCUCUUUCGCUCCCUGCUGGCCUGUCUGUUCUGCCUGCUCUAGAGAGAGUCCUCAGACUGCCUGCAGUGGCCAGCAAACGCUACCUCACAAACAAGGUGGAUCGUUCUGUGACUGGAUUGAUUGCCCAGCAGCAGUGUGUAGGACCCCUCCACACCCCAUUGGCUGAUGUGGCUGUGGUCGCCCUAUCACCCUUUAGUCUUCAGGGUGCUGCCACAGCAAUUGGGGAGCAGCCGAUUAAAGGCCUGGUUUCUCCGGCAGCGGGGGCUCGAAUGGCUGUGGGCGAGGCCCUCACUAACCUGGUGUUUGCCCAAGUCACUGCCCUUAAGGAUGUGAAAUGCAGUGGCAACUGGAUGUGGGCGGCAAAGUUGCCGGGUGAGGGGGCUUAUCUGUGGGAGGCUUGUCAGGCAAUGUGCAAGGUAAUGGGUGAGCUCGGCGUGGCUGUGGAUGGAGGAAAAGAUUCCCUCAGCAUGGCGGCUCGUGUCGGCGGAGAAACCAUCAAAGCACCAGGCGCUCUGGUGAUUUCUGUGUAUGCUGUGUGUCCUGAUAUCACUGCUACUGUCACCCCUGACCUGGAUGAUCAAGAAGGCAAAGGUGUGCUGCUGUAUGUUCCUGUUAGUGCUGGUAAAUAUAGGCUGGGUGGUUCAGCUCUUGCUCAGUGUUAUGGCCAGUUGGGAGACUGCUGCCCAGACCUUGAUCAUCCAGACCUUCUGUCAGCCUGUUUCAACACAACCCAGUUGCUCAUUCAGGACCACCUGCUAAGUGCAGGGCAUGAUGUUAGUGAUGGAGGACUCAUUUCUUGUCUUCUGGAGAUGGCUUUUGCUGGGAAUCGUGGGUUAGAGGUGAACUUGCCGUUUGAAGGUGUUGGAGUGAUUGAGGCCCUGUUCUCAGAGGAGCUGGGCUUGGUGUUGGAAGUGUGUGAGAACAAUGCAGACAGUGUGUGUCAGCGUUACACAAAUGCUGGACUUGUCUGCCACAGGAUUGGCACUACCUGUGGCUUUGGACCGGACUCCAUGGUCCGGGUGAGUCUGUGUGGGCAGGAAGUGCUGAAUGAAAGUCUGCCCACUCUCAGGACAUUGUGGGAAAGCACAAGCUUCCAAUUGGAACGUUUGCAGGCCAAUCCGCUCUGUGUUCUACAGGAAGAGGAGGGAUUGACCACUCGCACUGAGCCGUUCUUCAAGUUGUCGUUUGACCCAACAGAAUUCCCUCUGCUUAAAGAGAUUGAUGGAGGGAAGCCUCGUGUUGCAGUGGUCCGGGAGGAAGGUAGCAAUGGAGAUCGAGAGAUGGCUGUGUCUCUGUUUAUGGCUGGGUUUGAGGUAUGGGAUGUCACAAUGCAGGACCUGUGCUCUGGCUCCAAAACUCUGGAUCCCUUUAGAGCUGUUGUGUUUGUGGGUGGCUUCAGUUAUGCAGAUGUUCUGGGCUCAGCUAAAGGCUGGGCAGCCACAGUGACCUUUAACACCCGGGCCCGCGAGGAGUUUGAGCGUUUCCGACGUCGAGAGGACACCCUGAGUCUGGGGGUGUGCAACGGCUGCCAGCUCCUGGCACUUCUAGGCUGGGUGGGUGGAGCUGAUGAUGGAGGUUCUGAUGUGAUCUUGACCCACAAUAAGUCUGGGCGUUUUGAGUCCCGGUUUGUGAGUGUGGGUAUUCUGCCUUCUCCAGCUGUGAUGCUAAAGGGAAUGGAGGGAUCUGCUCUGGGCGUUUGGGUCGCCCAUGGAGAAGGUCUGAUGCAGUUCCGCUGCCCUGAGGCUCAGGACAGACUGAUCAGUGCUUCUCUGGCACCUGUUCGCUACAUUGAUGAUUCUGGAGCCCCUACUGAGACCUACCCCAUGAACCCCAACGGUUCUGCUCAGGGUAUAGCAGGCAUCUGUUCACCGGAUGGCCGUCACCUGGCCAUGAUGCCGCACCCAGAGCGUGCUGUGCUGGGCUGGCAGUGGCCUUGGGUCCCGCAACCCCUCAGGGCAUCUCUCAAGCCCUCGCCUUGGCUCCGCAUGUUCCAAAACGCUGCUGCCUGGUGUCAGACCACGAGCCAGUGAGAGAAUGUCUGUGCCACUGUAAUCAUUAUGCCUGUGCCUCCUGUACUGUUACUUGUCUAUGACAAGCUGUGAGACCUUUGUACUGACGAUGUGAGAGAGUGUUUAAAUAGUUUACAUAGUGUUUGGCACAAGGCUAGACUUCUACAUCUGUGUUUUUCUAGACAGGUGAAAAUAACAAGCAUUGUUAUUGAUUAUUGCUGAUUAUUGCCCAUUUUCAGAUAAAACGCAUACAUAUAUACAUACAAACACAUGCAUAUUGUUGCAGUCAAACUUUAACAUAAUGUGAAUUGAGUUUCAUUGUCAAUCAUUUCAUUGUCAAUUUCAUGAAGAAUGGACCAAUACAAAUGACCCCAAAUCUUUUUUUAUAUUGACAUCUAUUUCCGUUGUGAAGGGUUUUUAAGCGACAACAAUGGUUUGGUAGCACUCUGUCACUGUGCCAAGUGUGAAAAUAGUUUUUUUUAUUACUUGCACUAUAGAAUCAAGUAAUGAGGACCAAAUUGUCUCAGCAUUCCUACUUGUAUCAGUAUUAUAGUCCAAUGGAAACAUGUCAAAAAAUAGGGAAAAAAAAUGUUUUAACAUUUUUGAAGCUCAUAUGUAUCGUUAUUUGGGCAGGAGACAAUUUAUGGCAGUUAGAACAGAAUGUACCAUGAGCUUGUCUUACAGUAUGGUUGCACAAGGUUAAGAAUGUAUUUUCCUAGGUAACAUUUCAUUGAGUAAAAAACACUACUAGAACCAAAAAUAUCAAUUAAACUGUUGACACAAUUAAAUAACAAUUAAGUAAUAUGA